AUGAAGUAUUUCCAAAAUGGAUUGAAUUAAAUAUGUUAGUAAAUAAUUAGGCCAGCCAGAGCGGAAUACACAAUUUAUGAUUUAUGUAUAUUUUGUUAAAUUUAUUAAUAGCUUCUUUUCAGAUUUAAGAGGAAAGUCAAUACUUAAGAGAAGAUUUUGAUAUAAUCAAUCCUAGAUAGGAAGUGAUUAAAGUUAGUUAAUAUAUUGGAUAAUAAAAAAGUGAUGUUUGCAUUAUUUAUUUACAUACAGCCAAUGGUUCUAGAAUGGAAGUAACAAAAUAUGUAUCCAUGAUAAUCAAAAAUGGUUUUGCUUUAAUUUCAUUUGAUUUUACUGGAUCUGGUAUGUCAGAUGGAGAAUUUGUCACUUAUGGACAUAGAGAAGUUGGAGAUUUACAAACUGUUAUUACUCAUUUCUAAUCAUCAUAUAAAUAAAUAAUAUUAUGGGGUAGAUCUAUGGGUUCUGCUAUUGCCAUAUAAUACAUGUAGAAAUUCAAUAAUUAACUUAUCAAAGGUAUGAUCUUAGAUAGUCCUUUUGUUUGCUUAUUAGAUGUAAAUCAAUAAUUCAUUCAAUAUAGGUUAUUCUCUAAAUGGCAUCUAACAGAACUAAAAUUCCUAAUUUCAUUUUAAAGAGUCUUUCAACAUUUGUAUCAAAUGAACUCAAAACUUAAGCUGGAUUUGAAUUAGAUGAAAUCAAUUGUCUUAAAAAAAUUUCUUUAAUCAAAUGUCCUGCUAUUUUCGUAACUUCUAAAUAGGAUACUAUUGUACCUCCUGAAUAAACUGAAAAACUUUUUAAAGCUUACACUGGUAUCAAAUAAAUAUAAUACACUAAUCAAUAACAUAAUUCUAUUAGAGAGCAUCCUUUUAUAGAAUCUCUUAUAAAUUGGUUUAAAAAGAGAACUCCUAUCUUUGAAAGAUUAGGGGUUGGAACUUAAAUUAAAUAGAGAAUUAUGCAUAAAUCAAAAAAUACAUUAGGACCUAUUAAAUAAGUUUCUUUGGAUUUAUAUAAAGAAAGAUCUUCAACAUUAGAAUGUUUUAAUAUUACUAUUAAUUUUAGAUUAAAAAAGUUUGAAUACUUCUAUAUCUCCAAGGUAAAAGAUUAUGAAUUAGAAAAAACCAACAGCAGAAGAAAAGUACAAUUAAUUGUUGGAAACCUAAAGAUCUCUUUAUUUAGAUAAAUCAGCAUCUGCAUAAAGAAUUUAAAUUAGCAAUUCUAUUGAUUAUUAGAUGUCUCCAUUGCCAUUAGCACCUUUGAGUAAUAAAAUAGUAAUGUCUUCUUAACAUAAUUAUUUUUCUCAUUCAAAACCUAUAACUUUUACAAAAGUUCCUCAUAAGACAAAAGAUUGCACGCAUUUUUGA